AUGAUGGGUGGUAUAUCUUCAGUAAUAACUUUAAAAGCAUCUGUUUCCGGUAUACAAUGGAGACGCGAACUCAUACCAAGGCCAAAAGAUCUUGACUUUUACAUUAAAGUGUUCCUGAAGCUCACCAAACAAAAUCGUAAACCUUCUAAAUCAACGAAAACUAAAGACUAUAGAGAUUUAAUACAAAAGUAUAAAAACGAGUAUUGUAUCUUAACCAAGUACGACCCCAUCGAGUUGAAAUACGCACAACAAAUAGCAGCAUAUGAGUGCGCGAAGAUCGACACAGCGUACAAAAAUUCAGUCAUAUUACAAUUUGGAAAUCGUUUCCGGAUGUUCAUUAACCAUCUUACACAACAAGAGGCCAAGAUAACCAAGAGGAAGCGAGAAUUAAAGAAAGCCAAGAAAAGAGAGGAUAAUAUCAAGCAAAUCUUUUCUGACGGAAUCACGAAGCCCUUAACCCAAUUGAAGCUUUCCUUUGCCUCCUGUAAUACACAGAGUAUGCCAGCAACCCAUUUGGACGACAAGGGUCGUCAAACAUUUAAUUUAGACAAAGGCUUCAUUUGGAGCCAAAUAGUCAACCUCUCAUCGAAGGGCAUGAAGGAUCAAGGUGCUUCGAAAUCCUUGAAGUCUCGCGGAAUGAUUCAGUCUGAUGGGGAGAGUACAAAGGGUGGUAUGCGUGGUACCAGACUAAAAGAAGAUGAUAACUUUCGAUACAUACACCAGUUGUCCAAAACUGAACUCGAGGAAACUACCGGAAGAUGUGUCCUUAUUGAUCCUGGACGGAGAGAUAUGCUCUAUUGCAUGCAGGAGAAUAUAAAGGAGUAUGAAAACUAUCUAUCAAGAUUUCCAGCAUCAGCAAUCAAAGUAGACAAGUCCUCUGACUACCUCAAAGCAUGUUCUAUAGUCGAGGAUCCACUUCGAGAGUCUUCACAGAUGCCUCAAUCAACAAUGUUUGGAGUCCUUUUCGCAUCUGGAACCGAGAAGGGCUUGACUGCCCAACUCGGUUCAAGAGACAGUCUUUGA